AUGCCCAAGAGGAAGGUCAGCUCCGCCGAGGGGGCGGCGAAGGAGGAUCCCAAGAGGAGAUCGGCGAGGUUGCCAGUUAAACCGGCUCCUGCGAAAGUGGAAACGAAGCCAAAAAAGGCGGCGGGAAAGGAUAAAUCUUCAGACAAAAAAGUGCAAACAAAAGAGAAAAGAGGAGCUAAGGGAAAACAGGCGGAAGUGGCCAACCAGGAGACUAAAGAAGACUUACCUGCAGAAAAUGGAGAGACUAAAAACGAGGAGAGCCCAGCCUCUGAUGAAGCAGAAGAGGAAGAAGCCAAGUCUGAUUAA